GCAGUCCAUCGAUCUCAGCGUAAGUGUUCGCAUCGCCAUUUCGCCGCCGCUCUUCGUUACGGGUCACGGUUUGCGGUUAACGUUUGACAACUUACGGUUUUACUGUUCGCGUUUCGCGGCUAACGGGCUACGGUCUACGGCUCUUUCGGUUAAUACAACGAACUCGUGCUAAAAUUUCGCACUUUUUACCACUGCCCGCUUUUUUUUCUGGUGUGACGUGCUCAAUUAACGUUUAUUAUUUGAAAAGUUAAAAGUUGUGCGCCCAUUUUUUAUCAGUCGAAAAAUGAUGGCCUGAUCGAAAAUUUCUUAAAACAAAAAAACUGGAAAAUUAAAAAUUAAUAACAAAAUUCACCGUAAACUGAACAAAUAUAAACACGAAAUCUACAACUGCAAAACUUAUUUAACAACAAACAAAGCAACAACAAACAAAUGUACAAAGUCAAUCCAAAAUUGUAAGCAUUUAAUUCAAAAAUAAAACAAAAAACAUUUCAAUGUGCCAACAAUAAUUACCAAAUAAACAAAAAACACUAUUAGUCAAAAGGAAAACAACAAAAUCGAUGCCUGUAAACAUAAUUAUAAAAUACACUAAAAGCACUUAUCCCAAAAAGAGAACGAGAAACUUGAGGAGAGAGUAGAAAGAGUGAAAAAACACUGAGAGAUAUAUAAUUAAUUGCAUUAAAUAGCCAUAGGAGUAACUUAUUCAAAAGUCCAGUGCCAAUCCGUCAAAAUGCGCUUCACCUACAAUCAGUAUAAACAUUACGAGUCCGGUUAUCGGAUUCCAUCAAAAAUGCAUAAUCUGAACCACCAUAACAACAAUAAUAAUAACUCUGGGGGUGGCAACAACAACAACAAUAAUAAUAAUAAUAACAACAACAACAAUAGCCAUCAUUAUGCCCACCACAACAACAACAAUAAUGGCGGUAACAACAACACAAAUUUCCAAGCCUAUCAACAUCACUACAAAAGCAAUUUCGGCAUGAGGAUGACCAUGUCCACCAAUUCCACAAUGAGUGCGCGAAUACAUCGGAAGGGAUUUCGCAUACCAUCGAAAAGACAACCGGGUAAGGGAUUGCCCGGCAAGCUGCAUACUAUUACCAGGACGGGUCCCGGCAAGAUCGUGCCUGGAAAGCGAAUACCACAGCGACCCCAUCCGCCGCCCUGCGACAACUCGAACGACAGUGGCCUGGGCUUCGAUCAGCACACGGAGAUGAGGUCCUCGGCAGGAGCGGGCGGGUCGGUUGAUCCGGCGGUCCAUGGCAGCAACUCCGGCCAGCGGUCCGCUUUGAUGGUCAACAGUGCUCUAACCAACACAGUGGCUGCCGCGGCGGCCGCCGCAGCUGCUGCAGUGGCCAGCAACACGUUGCAGCAGCAUCAGCAGCACCACCAGCAGCAACAGCAGCAGCAGCAGCAGCAGCAACAGCAGCAGCAGCAACAACAGCAGCAACAACAGCAGCAGCAGCAGCAACAACAACAACAGCAGCAACAUUCACCGCAGCAGCAUUUAAUACGAGCGAUACCUGUAUCAAGAUCGCGGCACGCCAUGAGCCACUAUCUGGAGGAUCUGGAUCUGCUCUCGGCGUCCUCCUCCGAGGACUCGGCCACCUCGACGCCGACCAGUUUGGACGAGGACACGGGCUUUGUAAACGACAGCAACUCGACGACAACCGGUGGCAAUAGCAGCUCGGAUCCCUUUGGUGGGGUAUUUCAGGCCACCGAAGCAGCCGUUGCAGCAGCAGUCAAUGCAUUCAACCUGCAACAACAGCAGCAUCAGCAGCAGCAGCAACAACAUCAGGUGCAACAGCAGCAACAACAGCAGCAGAACCAGCAGCAACAGUUUCAAUACAACGGAUUGCUGUUGCAGCAGCAACAGCAGCAGCAACAACAGCAGCAACAACAGCAGCAACAACAGCAGCAGCAACAGCAACACCAUCAUCACCACCAUCAUCGUCAUGGCAAGCACAUCAAACGCAAGAAGCUAGAAUGCAAUCAGGUGGAACUGGACAACGAUGAUGCCUGCAGCGAGGAUGAGUUUAUCCGCAAGAUUGCCAGUUCGGUGGCUGUCGCAUCCACUGUGGAUGCCACGCCCCCUCCUGUCGCUGCCGCCCCCGCAACGGCCACGCCCACUGUCAGCCUCCUGCCGCGCAUCAGCAGCAGCUGCAUCAGCAACAACGACAGCAACAACAACAACAAUCAGACAAAAUUCAUAUCGGCCAGGACUGUCACGCGGGUGGCCAACAAACGUCAGCCCACCACGCCGCUGAACAGCAUCGCCAGUUCCAACGAUGGCCAGGUGCAGCUGGAGAUCGUCUCGCAGCCGGAGCAGCAGCAUCGGGCCCGCUACCAAACGGAGGGCAGCCGCGGCGCCGUCAAGGAUCGCAGUGGCAACGGAUUCCCCAUCGUCCGACUGGCCGGCUACGACAAGAACGCCGUCCUCCAGGUCUUCAUCGGCACGGACAUUGGCCGUGUGGCGCCGCACAUGUUCUACCAGGCCUGCAAGGUCGCCGGCAAAAACUCGACGCAGUGCAACGAGAAGAAGGUCGACGGCACCAUGGUCAUUGAGAUCGAUUUCAAGCCCGAAACGGACAUGACCAUCACCUGCGAUUGCGUUGGCAUCCUGAAGGAACGCAAUGUGGAUGUGGAGCACCGCUUUCCGGAGCACCUGGCCCAGAAGAACAAGAAGAAGUCCACACGCUGCCGAAUGGUGUUCCGCACCCAGCUGACCCGCGACGAUGGCACCACCGAGACCCUGCAGGUCUGCUCGAAUCCCAUCAUCUGCACUCAACCACCUGGCGUGCCGGAGAUAUGCAAGAAGUCACUGAACUCGUGCCCAGUCGAUGGCGGCCUCGAGCUAUUCAUCAUCGGCAAGAACUUCCUGAAGGACACGCACGUGGUAUUCCAGGAGACCUACGACAGCGUCAAUGGCGACGAUCCGGCCACCGAGAUUGCGGUGCGUCAGCAGCUCAUCGGCGGUACCGCCGCCCUCUGGGAACAGAGCGUUCUGCCGGACAAGGAGUAUCUCCACCAGACCCAUUUGAUUUGCACGGUGCCGCCGUAUCUGCACCAGAGUAUCCUGAAGCCGGUCCAGGUGCAGGUGUCCAUCGUUUCGAGCGGCAAGAAGAGCGAGCCGCACACGUUCACCUACACGCCCAAGGGACAGUACACGACGCUGGCGGCGGCCAGCACGUUAAGUAACACAGUCCACGCCCAAGAUGUGAGCGGUUUCAUGGACACCACAGCAGCGCCCAGCGCGAGUGGCUCCAGCGGUUGGAGCGGUGCGUCCAGCGGUGCCGGCAAUGUGCCACCUCAAGGCGACAAUGUGGAGGCCAAGCACGAGAUCGAUUCGGGCAUGAUGCCGCCGCCCAUCACCACCCAGAUACCGAUGGGCGUUCGUCGCUCCUCGCUGCCCAGCGUCACGCCCAUGAUAACGGACCAGCAGCUGGUCCACCUCAGCGCAGUGGCCGCCAGUGCGGAGGCCCUGAAGACCGAGCUCCUGGACGACAGCAACUCGCACAGUCCGCUGACCGGCGAGUCGACACCGGACAGCCCGAAUGCCGCCAUGCAGUAUCAUCGCUUUGUGCGCAAGCCCAGCCUCGACACCAUCAUGUACGACCAGUCCAACAGCUUGCCCGGCUUCCCAGCCGUCGUGGCACCGGCAACAGCGGCCGCCGUGGCCGCAGCCGUCGACAUCGACACGGCAGCCGUGGCCGUGGCCGUGGAGCUGGCCGUCAAGAAUGAGAUUGUGAAGCAUGUGGUGCAGCAGCACCAGCAGAUGCAGGAGCAAAUGCAGGAGCAGCAGCAACAGCAGCAGCAACAGCAGCAGCAACAGCAGCCGCAGCAGCAACAGCAGCAGCAACAGCAGCAGCAGCAACAGCAGCAGCAGCAACAGCAGCAACAGCAGCAGCAGGUGCACAAGUUCAUCGAUGAGUUGACCAAGUCCACUUCGCUGGUAACCAGCAACGGCACCAGUGAGCCGGCCCUGUUCACCACAUCGGCCGUGAUUGACCAUGCCCUGACCGACAUACUGCAGGCCAAGGUGGGCAUUGCCCCGCCCAAUGUGGUGCUGGAGCGCAGCCUGUCCCUCAGCUCCACCAACUCCAGCAGCUCGCUGAGCGGCAGCGAGAGCUCACCCAAUAGUUCACCCCUCACGCAGGACAUCAUACUCAAUUCGGAGCCGGCGGCCGCGCUAGUCGGAGCAGCUGCCUUGGGCGGCCCAGCCGCCGUCGAUGUAUCCGGCGGCCUGUCCACCGACAUCAUCAUGAAUCCCGCCGUUUCCCCCUCCACGAUUCUUUGCUCGGCCAACGGAGCCGCCACAGCGGUGGUGCCCAACAUUCUGACGCCGCACCAGGUCACCAUGGCCAAUUCGAUCUUGAACGACAUAGCCAUGCAGCCGGAGCCCACACAGCAGGAUGCUGCGGUGGCCGCCUUGGCGUUGAGCAACAUCAUGAUGAGUCCGCCGACGGCUGCAUCGGGCGUGGGAGUUGUGGACACACUGCCGCCGACUCCAGCGGCCAUGCAGCCGGAGGUGGCGGCCACGGCCACCUCCACGGCGGUAAGCAACAUGAUUAUCAAGGCGGCGGCGGACUUUAUAACCACCCAGGAGCAGGAGCAGCACCACUAUCAUCACCACGGCUGCGUUCACUCCCAUUCGCCGCAGGCGGCCGUAGGCGUAAGCGGCAAUCCAGCCGAGACGGCAUCCGAUCCUUUGGUCAAUUUACUGCUGAACCACUCGGUCACACCGGAAACAGCGGCUGCAGCCGCUGCCGCAGUGGCUGUGGAGGCGGCCAACUUUCAGUCGAUGAACCACAGCCUCCACCAGCACCAUGGCCAUCAUGGCCACGGUGUGUCGCAUGGUCACGGCCAUGGCCACGGACGCCACGUGUCUGGCCAUGUGAACAGCCACCAUCAUGGCCAUCACUUGCCGGUGGUGCCGCCGACACCACAAGAAUCUCUGAUCGUUGCGCUGGCCAGCGAGAAUGCGCUGCAAAAGUCGGUGGCCACCGCCGCAGUGACCACCAACGGAGCGGUGAUGACGCAGCAGGCAUCCGCCCCCAGCACGGCGGGCAGCAUCCUGCCGGCGGCGGUCGGAGCGGUGGCUGCCGCGGCGGCUGUGGCCGUACAGCCGCCCAUUCCCCAGGAGCUGACCACGAUGUCCGAUCAGGAUCUGAUCAGCUACAUCAAUCCGAGCACCUUUGAUCAGCUUUAAACGGCUUUAAAUCAACAAAUUAAACUACGAGGAUUUGUUUUUUUUUUUAAAUAACAAUAAAUGUUACUCCUACACAGGCUUAGUCUUAAGUAUAUAUGUAGUAUUUAGGCAACACACACACACACACACACACCAAACCACACACAAUUAGACGGAUUAAAGGUUUCAAUGUGGACCAACUUUCUGACCAAGCGCGUACGGAACAAAAUCGGAAGAAGAGAAUGAAACCCACAAAAAAAACACACAAACACACACACAUUAGUAGCUGUAGCUUUGUUUACGUUUAGGAAUAAACCAUACUUUAUAUGAAUACCUAUAUUAAUUUUUUUUGUUUUUUUUUUUUUGCUAUUUUAAUAUUGAUUUUUAAAUGAAAUAAUCAACUUAUCUCAAAAGGUUAAGUUAAAACAAUGAUAACGACUGCCAUAUAUCUACGAAACAUAAAUGAACUCCCUAUAGUGAAGAAUGAAAACUGAAAAGGAAGAAUUCAAAUAUCAACCUUAAAAAUCCCAAAAUUUAAAGAAAGAACUAACUUUCUAAAAAAAAUGUUGAUUACACUUCUAGCAGGAAGCCCUAAUUUUUAAAAUGAAGUCUGAUUUGUAAACUUCCUUUAUAUUUGUUUGAGAAUUUAAGAUAUGUUUUCUAAUAAAAGCCUAACUAUGGCGUUAAAAAUUAAGCUUAUUAAAUUUUGGGACAACAAAAAAACACGAAAAGAAAUAAUGAUUAUUCAGAUAAUAAUUUAUAUGAAAAAAAGUACAUAUUAUGUGUAGCUACGAAUAUAAUGAAUAUGCGAGAAAUUCCAAAAGACUUUUUUGAUUUAAAGAAAAUGCAAUUAUUUUGUUUAUGGUUUAAUGAUUUUUAUUUGAAAUUAUAUUCAAGAAACACACAAAUAAAGAUGCAACUAACGUUAUUACUAUUAUAAUAAUUAAAUCGCUAUUAUUAUGCCUACCCUUAAUGUUGAUAGUUGUUAUGUUUAGUUUUGUAAGCCAGAAAUUGGAGUUAUUUUAGCCCAUUUACCAUACGAAAAUAAGACCCAAAAAACUGAAAACGUAAAAAAGAACAAACCAACAACCAAAUCACACCGAGAAACGAUUUAGAAUAUUGUUAUACCGAUUAAUGAUUGAAUGAACUUCAACACAUGUUAGGCCAACCGGAAGUAAAGAUCAAGAUCGAGAGAACUCUGCAUUUGUAUGCUCUGUGCCCAACUAUUUAUAAACAUUUACAAAUAUUCCAACCACGAAUUUCACCCACUCCCAAGAAUCGAACUAACUGAGAACGUAUAACUAUAAAUGUUUAAUUUUUUUGGUAUUAGCUUGUUACAUAUUAAACAAUUUGAUUGACAUACGUAAUCUAGAUGUUCAUGGAGUCGAUAAAUGUGUUAAACAAUCUCAGAGAUUGCAUAUUCCUCAUUAAAUUAAAUGUUACAGUCGCGUCAAUGAACGACAGAGAUAGCGAUAGUAAGUGCAAGUGAGAAGGAGAGAGAUAGAAAGAGAAAAAGAAAGAAAAAGAGAGGGAGAGAAGAGCCCGCGCUUAAGAAUUGUUAGUGUUAAAUGUUAUACACCUAAAUAUACAUUAUUUAUGCUAUAUAUACACACAUAUAUCUAACUUUACAAUGAAUAAAAUAAAUGUAUUUUUGAUGUUCUUAUUGCCCAAA